AUGUCCGAUAAUCAAGAUGCAAAGCCUCAUCGAGCAAAACUCCAGAGACGAGGGAGUUUCCAGCUCCAGACAACUUCAAAUAUGGCCCAAAUGACGAAGUCAAAAGACAGCCCUUCGUAAGUUGCAGAACGCUUUUUGAAGUUCGCUCGCUAAUCAGCCAAAGAGAAACCGAGGCUAUGGUUACUGUAAAAGUGAGCAUGGGCGAGGAUUCACAAUCAUUCAUCAUACACAAGAACUUCACCUGCUACUACUCGCCAUACUUCGGGGUUGCAUUCAACAGCGGGUUCAUAGAAAGCGAGACACAUACUUGCCACAUGGAAGAUGUAUCUCCUGGGGCUUUUGCCCUAUUUGUCGAAUGGAUAUACACCCAACAAAUCCCCUGCGAUGAACGUCUUCAUUACCGAAAGGCUACCGAGAAUCUUGUCGGGCUGUGGCUUCUUGCUGAUCGAUGUUUGGUACCCAAACUGCAAAAUCAAGCCUUGGUACUAGAUCGCGAGCGAAGGAGAUUAAAUUAUCGUCUAGCGAGCUCUGCUGCUCAGGUAUACGAAGAAACUUCGGUUGACAGUCCGUUUCGUCGGUAUUUCGUGUUGGUUGUUGCCACGGCAGUCAUAAAUGAAAGUAUAGAAACAGCAGCUGGCAUGCCUCGAGAUGCUUGUCGAUGUCAUCAACGUACUUAAGUCUGUCAGGAACUCGCACGGAGGAUGGGUAAACUUUUCUCCUGGGGAGUUGAGCGGCUUUUUUGUAAACACGAGAGAAGUAGAUUCCCCUCUCCUUGGUGGCGGAAUAUAACUAAUUUCAUGCCAAAGAAUAAGGAGUCGAUAUUUCGCCGUAGACUCGGUCCAGACUCUUUGGUUAUUGACUUGACUUCCGCUUUCUCAUACCAGUGAAUUCCUGCCAGGUCUGAUUCCAGCCCGUUGGUUAUUGAUUUGACUUCCGACUCCACAGACCAGCGGCUCCCUAACAGAUCGGAUUCCAGACCCUUGGUUGUUGACUUGACUGCCGAGUGAAUUGAGACUUGAUAUGGGGAAUGGGAACAGUGCUAGACAGAAUCCGAAGUUCGAAGCGUUGUUUUUUGCGGGAAAAUAUAAACGAGAAACACAGACCGUUCCUGCCAUUUCUUUGCACUUACCUACGAUUUCAUUUGUCAAUUAUCACGUGCCGCUUCAACUUCACUACCUGGUACCUCAGGCGGGUAUCAUAUUCACCUACAAUAGAAGUAGUGAACGCGACCGAGGUAUCUAACCUUGUGUAACCCUAAAGUAACUUACUCAAGGUCACCGCUAUCACUUCACGUUCGCAACCACAACUCGCAUCUUGCCCAUCGAUCUGUUUGCGCAACUCAAAGAGUGAUCUCCGACAGUGUAUCGACGCAAUGUCCAGCUCCCAGAUCGCAACGCCUUCAAAGUUGACCCCUACUCAACCUCCAAACCCUCCAACGUCGAUCUCCAAAAUCAAACGACCAGAUUUUCGGUGAGUUUCCAUGAGCCCCCUUGAUGUAACAGAUUUCCGUUAACCGGCCCCAGAAAGUCACAGGCUAUGGUCACCAUAAAUGUUUCGUUGGGAAUUCAAAAAGAAACGUUCGUUGUGCAUAAGAACUUCAUUUGCUUUUAUUCGCCAUUUUUCGACGCCGCUUUCAAUGGAGCGUUCAAAGAGGGAGAAACUCAAGUUCUAGAUCUAGAUGACGCAUCGCCUGCAGCUUUCAGUCUAUUCGUCAACUGGCUGUAUACUCAGCGCAUCGAAUUUCCUGGAGGUGAAGAAGUUCACCUGAGAACUCUCAUCGAGCUUUGGAUUCUUGGUUCUCGCUGUUUGGUUCCUAAGAUUCAAAAAUGA